AAGCAGUAGGCACGAUCGUAGAAAAGAAUAUUAAAGAAGAAGUCGCACAAGCCUUGUUCAUUUCCAUAGAAGUGGAUGAAACGACUGAUAUUUCAUGUACAGCUCAGUGUUUUACAGUAUUGAGAUACGUGUUAGACUCUGAUAUCAAAGAAGUCUUUAUAGGAUUUGAUAUUCUUAAGGAUAGAACUGUUGGAGGUGUAAAAGAGCGUGUAUUUAAUGAUUUGGAUAAAUACGACUGUUGUGAGAAACUUGUAGCACAGAAUUACGAUGGAGCCAUAGUGAUGGCAUCCAAUUUAAAUGGUGUUCAAGUUAAAGUGCGAGAAAAGGCAUCAGCAGCUUUCUUUACUCACUGCUAUGCUCAUAAGUUAAAUCUUGUUCUCAGUCGGCAGAAUUCAUACCUGAAUGUACAAGCUUUUUCAAGACCAGUGAGGUACUUGCCUCAUUUUAUCAUCACCCUACAAAACGAAACGCAACGUCUUGGUGAUCUAGUGAGAAAACGCAUUCCAAAGGCAGCACCAACGAGAUGUAGUUCGAAUUCAAAACUAAUCCAGACUAUUUUACAAUACCAUGGUGACCUUUGCAAACUCUUCGACAGUAUGAACAAUAAUCCUUCGUUGUGGGAUCCAGAUACUUUAGUGAGAAGCAACGGGUUUUAUGAGUGGCUAACAAAAGACUCAACAUACUUUUUUCUGAUAGUUUAUAAUGAAAUUUUCAUUAAAACUGGCACUCUUUUUAAUGUCCUACAAACCAAAAUGAUAGACAUUUCAUUCUGCAUUGAGAGUAUUAAUGGAACAAUGAAUUUACUUGAGAGUGCAAAGGUCGUUUUCUGCUUUGAAAAGAAUUAA